AAUACGUCGUCGUUUUACUCUCUUCCCUCACGUUUCACUUUUUAUUUUCUUUUCAAUUUGUUGCUUCGUUCUUCAGUUACCGGCGGUGCCGUUCCGAUCACGGCGAUUUCAGUCAGUCAGUCGUCGGAAUUCUAGGAAUUCGCGCUUUCCCCUGUUGAGAUUAAAAUUUUAAUUUUUGUAAUUUUCAUUUUCUCGGGGGAUGAUGAAGGGGAUUGGCGCCGGCGGAGGGGUUUUGGAGCUCUGCAAAUCAGGGAAUCUAUUAAGAAUUCCAGCAUUAUUUGUGAUUACAGUGAUGUUCUUCUACUUGGGGAAGCGUUUCUCCGAUGGAUCCUCCCAGCAACUCGUGUUCUUCUCCUCCCGCCAAGCCGAAGAACCCCAAAGAACCGCCGGCGGCGUAUCUCCGAAUGUCAACAAGACGUUCGACGUUUCCCCCCUCGGAAGCGGUAAGGACUUUCCGCUUCAAGAAAAUAGUCGGAAUGAACCGCAGAAAGUCCUCACUCCUCCUUCCGCGCCACCGCCGCCGCCGCCGGUGCUGCAAAGAAUGGGAGUGUUGGAUAAGAACGGAAGGAUGACAGAGAACUUCGAGGUCGGUGAGUACGAUCCAGAACUGGUCAAUAAUUGGUCAAAAAUGAACAGCACCGAUGACGUUGAUACUCCGGCGAAGGGCGAUAAGGUUUUGCUUAGGGUAAAGAAGUUCCCGUCGUGUCCGGCGUCGAUGACAGACCACAUCCCCUGUAUGGACAACGAAGAUUUCAUUAAGAACAUGAAAUCCGCCAAUAAAGGGGAAAUGUUCGAACGCCAUUGCCCUGAACCAGGUAAAGGAUUGAAUUGUUCGAUUCCUGCUCCGAAAGGGUACAAAACUCCGAUUCCAUGGCCAAGAAGCCGUGAUGAGGUUUGGUUUAGCAAUGUUCCGCAUCCUCGUCUAGCAGAGGAUAAAGGGGCUCAGAAUUGGAUCAUGAUCAAGAAAGACAAGUUCAAGUUUCCGGGAGGCGGCACACAGUUCAUUCACGGGGCUGAUCCGUAUUUGGAUCAGAUUGAAAAGAUGGUUCCUGAAAUUGCGUUUGGCCGGCACACUCGAGUCGCUUUGGAUAUUGGUUGUGGUGUUGCGAGUUUUGGCGCUUAUUUACUGUCACGGAAUGUGAUCCCUCUUUCUAUAGCCCCAAAAGAUGUUCACGAAAACCAGAUUCAGUUUGCACUCGAACGCGGUGUGCCUGCAAUGGUGGCAGCAUUUGCAACGCGGCGUUUGCCUUAUCCUAGUCAAGCAUUUGAUCUGAUGCAUUGUUCGAGGUGUAGGAUCAACUGGACUCGGGAUGAUGGGAUUUUACUAAUUGAGGCCGACAGGAUGCUCCGGGCCGGAGGUUAUUUCGUUUGGGCAGCCCAGCCAGUUUAUAAACACGAAGUAGCCCUCGAAAAACAAUGGGAAGAAAUGACUAACCUUACCAGUCAACUUUGUUGGACCCUCGUAAAGAAGGAAGGUUACAUUGCCGUAUGGCGGAAGCCCUUUAAUAACAGCUGUUAUUUGAGCCGUUCCAACGGAACAUCACCGCCGUUGUGUAGUUCUGACGAUGAUCCGGACAAGUUUUGGUAUGUUGAUUUGAAGCCUUGCAUAACACGUCUACCCGAGAAUGGAUACGGCGCAAAUGUGUUACCCUGGCCGGAACGUCUGCGGAAUCCCCCGGAUAGGCUUCAGAGCAUAAAGAUCGAAGCUUACAUAUCGAGGAAAGAACUUUUCAGGGCAGAGUCGAGAUAUUGGCACGAAAUCGUUGACGGCUUCGUACGCAUUUUACGUUGGAACAAAUUCAAACUUCGAAACGUGUUGGACAUGAGAGCGGGUUUCGGGGGUUUCACAGCCGCGCUCGUCGAUCACAAGCUUGAUUGCUGGGUGCUCAACGUUGUCCCGACUAGCGGACCCAAUACGUUGCCUGUCAUAUACGACCGCGGCCUCGUCGGAGUAAUGCACGACUGGUGCGAGCCGUUCGAUACAUAUCCGAGAACCUACGACUUAAUUCACGCUGCCGGACUCUUCUCAGUCGAACAAAAAAGGUGCAAUAUCUCGACAAUCAUGCUCGAAAUUGAUCGAAUGUUGCGACCCGGCGGGCAUGUGUACAUUCGGGAUACGAUUACCGUAAUGGACGAGCUUCAAGAGAUCGGUCGAGCCUUGGGUUGGCGAUUAGUGUUACGGGACACGUCCGAGGGGCCUCAUGCAAGUUACCGUGUUCUUACGUGUGAAAAGCGAUCUCUGCGUAAAUGAACGAUAAACGAGGAGCAACCGGCGGCGGCGCUGAAUACUAGCUCGGUCGUCGUGUCGUUGUCGCCGCUGCCGCCGUCAUCGAGGUUUGUUUGUUUGGGUUUAAUUCUUGUCUACUAUGAACUUGAGAAGAUACGGUCUAUAAGAUGUUUAGAAGUAACGUUGUUUCCUUUUGAUGAAAUUUGUGUGAAUAUUUUUUUUGGUUC